AUGACCAGCUCUACUCCCCUCAUCACAGUCUUCGGAGCGACUGGCAACCAAGGCGGUGCCGUUGCCAGAUCGCUCCUCAAACACCCAUCCUUCAAGGUACGCGCUCUCACUCGAAACCCCAGCUCAGCUGCCAGCCAGGCCCUGGCCUCUCAGGGGGCGCAAAUCCACCAAGCCAAUGGUUUCAGCAGCGAGUCAAUGGUGGAAGCCUUCCGUGGCUCCUGGGGCGCUUUUGUGAAUAUUAAUUCAGAUGAUAAGGCAUUCAAACCUGAUGGUCCCACUGAAUUCGACAUGGGCAAAACGAUCGUGGACGCUGCCGCCGAAGCCGGAAUCCGUCAUUUCAUCUUUAGUACUGGCCCAGACUGCUACAAGCUUACCGGGGGCAAUAUCAAAAUGAAUGCCGCAGACAUGAAGUACAAAGUCGAACAAUACGCACGUACUAUAGACCGUUUCGAAACCGUCAGCUCCAUCUGCGCAGCCUGGUUUCUAGAAAACUUCCUGAUAAAGGAGAUCGGACCCCUCUUCGGUGGUUUUCCCCAUGUGCCUGAUUCCGAAGGCUAUCUCACUUUUGUUGCUCCCAAAUGGGGCGGGAAUGAGGAGGUUCCCUUCAUCAGCAUUUCUGAUGAUUUUGGGGACAUUGUGCAGGGCAUGUUUCUUGAUCCUGUUCGGUGGAACGGCCAUGUCAUCCACGGCUGCAGUGAUAUUUGCAGCUUUGAUCAUGUUGUGUCAGCUUUUGAGAAACUGAGCGGGCGGAAAUGCCGCUUCCAACCGCUGCCCUCCUGGGAAGAUUUUGAUACUCACGGGAUCCCUGAGUUGGAGGACACGAAAAUGAUGUUCUGGUUCACGCAGAACAAUCAGGGACAGUACUUUGGGCCUGAGCCGUCAGAGAAAGAGACUGCUGGUACACUGAAGUUGGUGACUGCAUUGGCACUGGGGUGGCCCAAGGAGGAACACAAGUUGAUGACAGUUGAGGAAUGGUUCCGAAAGCACUUUCAGUUUCAGUAG